AGCACAUUACAUUUUAAUAAUUAAUCGAAGGCCACUUUUUUGAAAUGUACGAGGUGGCAACACUGCAGUGGGUGUUUUGCUUUUGAAACGAAGUGGUUGUUUUGUUCUGUUCCACAAUCGUGCGAGAUUUUUGAUGUGUACGAUCAGCUGUGCAAUUUUGUGAUAAACACAUGCGAACUUUCAAAUGAAGUAACGCAGAACGCGUGAGUGAUUCGUUAUGCUUAAAGGCAGUGCUGCAUUUUGAUAUAAUUUCUUCAAUAAAAUUGCACUCAUUAUGGCUAAACGUCUAACUGAAGAAAUGGUUAUUGCCAGAAGUAAACUUUCAGACUUAUCUAAAGUGAAACGCUUAAAUUGUUGGGGAAGUGAGUUAGUCGACGUAUCGUUGCUUCGAAAGAUGCCCAGUGUGGAAGUCCUAUCAUUAAGUAUAAACAAAAUAAAUAGUCUUUGCGAUUUCCAAUAUUGUGGUGCUCUACAAGAAUUAUACAUCAGGCAGAAUGAUAUCCGUGAUCUAAACCAAAUAUGUUACCUCCAAGGAUUGCCGAACUUGAAAAACUUAUGGUUAGGAGAAAAUCCAUGUGCUACAGGAGAAGGGUACCGAAUGGCUGUGCUAAGGACACUUCCGCAACUGCAAAAAUUGGAUAACGUUUCCGUCACUCAGGACGAGUUACGAGAAGCUACACGAAAAGGUAGAGGACUUUCGCACCCUGAGGAUCCGCAAGAUAGCGAAGAAGAGUACAUUCCUCAGGGUCAAUACCAAAGGUAUCAAGAAUAUCCGGCCGAAAAUGAGUACAGUCCUCAGCAAAGUCCGUCCACGAACGAGCCCGAAUACGAAGCAGACGAAGGGGAAGAUUAUUAUGAGAGAGAUGAUUCUAAUGCAAUUGCUGACAGUCAAGAGUAUUUGCCACAAAUGCAGCCCAGUCCGCCGAGGCGAAUGGAAGCCGUACGAGGAAAUUAUUCACCCGAGCAAGAAUAUUCCGAUAGGAGAUCUAACAACUACGAACAAGAGUAUCAACCGAGGCAGACAGCACAAUAUUAUGAGCAGAAAUCACCUACAAAUAACAACAGUGCUGAUGAAGGCGGUGAUGGUACUUAUAGAGAUAUGAAAUUGGUUUCAAGUCAAUCUACUAACAGCAUUAAGGAUUACACGAAUGGAGAAAAAUACCAUCCACAGAAUAACUAUCGACAAAAUGAGGGUAGCGAAAUCUCAAAUCAGAGUCACGAAGCGGCAAAUAGGCGAGAACGAUAUAAUUGUCCAGCAAGUCAUCAGCCACCAUUUAAUAGGAGGCCAGUUACUAGAAAUUCCAACAUCUUAUCUGCAGUGCUUUGUUUGGUUAAAGAACUAGACUAUCCCAGUUUGGAAGUUGUUGAAAUGGCUGUCAGGUGUCGUAUGGACGAACUAGAAGAAUGACAUAAAUGUGAAGGUAAUAAUAGUCCGAAAGUGGAAAACUGCGAACUGCCUAUUUAUUAAUACAUUUACCUAUCCUAAAAUGAAGUUUACUAUGUAACUGACAAUUUACACUAAGGUAUAUAAUAAGAGUGGUUUAAACAAAUACCUAUAUUUGUUCACCGAACUAUUUUUCGCUUUAUUUAUAAUGAGUGCUAGGCUCUCUAUAUUGUACCUGAUUUAUUUCGCAGUGCUUAGUACGGGAAUGUGAGAUUUGUAAACUGUAAAUAACAAUGUAAUUGUUACACCUAAGUACGUAAAACCUUCUCGAAUUAAUCACUAGAUUUGGGUAUGGAGCACCUCGAGUUAUGUUUUUGGCUUGUUUUAUGUUAUACAAUUAUAACACAAUACAAAAGGUACUUUUAGCGAGCUAACUUAAUUAAUUAGCUAUAACAAUCCUAUAGUUGGCUCAUCCUUAAUAAUUAAAAAUCAAUGUCGAACAAUGGCAGCAAAGGUUACAAUUUUAAUGCAGCUCCCUGGAUGAUUGGAAAUUGUUAGCCAAAAUAUGAAUCUACUUUUUUUUGCAAAAUUUAUUGAUGUUAAUAAGUCUUAUUUUAAAAAAAAAGCAAAAUUGGAACUUUAUUAUCAAAACUGUACAACCAUACAGAAUGUUUCUUUGGAAGUUGAAAAAGGUACCUAAUGAAAAAGUUGGGUGAGAUAAAUGUGAUACGAUUUUUGUAGAGUGUACUACAUAUCUUUAUGUUCUUGAACACACAUCGGCUAAAUGUGAGUCAUUUGGUUAAAUUAAGAGAAAAUUAGUCUGACUAGUUACUUUGUGAUGAAACAAUUGACAAAUAAGUGUUCAUUUUUACAUAGAUGGUGAAAGUUUCGUGUUUGGCACUGUUCUCAUAGUGUACUGUGUGUCCUAUUUUGGUUGAGACUGUGGUGUAUCUCAGCUGUUUUUAAAGAUAGACUUGCGGUUUUUGUGACCCUCUGUCAAUUUUUUGUGACACUUGUAAGGUCACAAACUGAAUCCAUCUAUCUAUGUUUAUUUCUGAGAUAUAGGGUGAAAACGAAAAGUUUGACUUUUUCGGAUGUUAUCGUAUCUUACUGUGAUUAUUGAAAUACAUUUCCAUAAAAAUGAAUUGCUGUCGAGUCGGCUUUGGCACAGUGGCGGCGCGUAGUGGUGUGUCUUGGGCGUGCACAAUUAAAAAAAGAGCCUAUUAAAUGGCAUAAAAAGCUUAUUCAUGAGACCUCUAAAUACUCCAGGGUUUAUUGAAUUUUCUCGUUUGUCAUGGCUGCGGAGAGCAAGUUCAAAAGCACCACAAAAUUUUAUACGGUCUAUAAUUUUGGAUAAAACAUACCUGUUCUUUUGUAUUUCCUAUUACGUUUUUCGAUACUCAAACGGUAUGCACUAUUUAACUGUUGCCGUAUAUCUUGCUUACCUAAUAAAUUAAAUCUCAAUUUAGCAGAUAUAUGUUCCUUUGAAGAUUGAUAUUUUUUAAUUUUUUCGGAUAAAUGCACUAACGGCCAGUUGCACAAAAAAAAUCCAGGAUUAUUGUUUAAUCCGGUAUUAAGACAUUUGAUUGGCUUUAUAUUGCAGUAGACAGCCAAUCAAAUGUCAAAAUUUUUGUUUAAACUCAGAUUUGGCAAAUAAUGUAAGAUUUCGUUUAUAAUUCGCGUUCCUGCAACCGGCCGUGAGUUUGUAACGCCAUUCUUUGUCCAUUCUGAUGCCUCAUCACCGAGCUCAUCACCAAACAACAAACACAGAAAACAAUACUAUUGUUAAA